AUGGGGUCGCCGCCGCACGAAGACGCCGCCGUCGCCGCCGCCGCCGCCGGCCGCGUGCGCGCGCUCGAGUGGUGCGUCCGCGAUAACGGCGUGCGACCGCCCCCGCGCGCGUGGUUCCAAGCGGCGCGCGGCGGGCACGUGCACGUGCUGACGUGGCUGCACGAGCGCGAGAGAGAGCGCGCGCGAGGGGACGUGUCGAGCGCGUGGCUCCCCGCGCCGGGGCCGCCGCCGCCGCCGCCGCCGGGGAUAGCGGCGCUGAUGGAGGGCGCGGAGGGUGUCCUCCUACACGCGCCCGCACACCCGGAGGUAGCCCUCCUACACGCGCCCGCACACCCCGCGAACGCGACAACGGCGCUCGCGGGCGCGGACGUAGCCCUCCUACACGUGCCCGUCCACCCCGCGAACGUCGUCGCGAUUCCCCCGCCCGCGCCCGCGCCGGCGGCGGGGAUCGAACCGCCGCCGUACUACUGGUACGGCGAUCGCCUCGGGCAGCUCGCGUUGCACGCCGCCGAGGGCGGGCACCCGGACGUCCUGCGAUGGGUCGACGACAUCGAGAGCGACCGAGUGACGAAGAUGGACGUCGUCACCGCCGCCGCGAAGGGCGGCGACGUCGUCACGCUCGCGGCGCGUCCUAGUUGUCGCUGGCUCCUUCGCCGCGGGUCGGUCGUCGACGAGAGCACGUGCGCCGCAUCCGCCGCGGGGGGCAAGCUCGAGGCGCUCAAGUUCUUACGCGUGAGCGCGGAGUGUCCGUGGAACGCGUGGACGACGACGCGCGCGGCGAACGCGGGGCAUCUGAAGACGCUCGAGUGGGCGCGCGCGCGGGGGUGUCCUUGGGACGAAAACGCGCUUCUGCGCGCGAUGCGACGCGGCCGCGUCGACGUCGUGGAGUGGUUGUUGAAGAAACGCUGCCCGCGGCCGGCGACGCGGACGACGGUGACGCUGUACGGCGAUCGCGCGACGCUGCGGCGGAACGUGGACGCGAUGACGCGGCUCAUCGUAGAGUAUGAGCUCGACGUCGGGCUGGAGGCAGCAGCCUCUCUCGACGAUCUCGAGCACCCGCUCGACUUUCUGGCGCUCCACGGUCUGGUGGACGACGCGGAGACGGCGUGA